GAUGGUGUGGACCAAUCAGACACGGCCAGCGCUUGUUUGGAAACAACACACCCUGCUAGUUAUUUCCUCAAUUGUCAUCUGUCCGAAACUUUAGGUUCCCAGCCGUCUCGAUUUCCCGUGGCCAGACAGUGACAAGUGGUGUGUAUGACAGGCAUGAUAAUUUAACUAAUUAACAAAACGCUUUGGGACGUGUGCAUAUAGCUUAUUUCGUUGUUAUAGCUAGUUGUUUUUAGCCACGACGGCGUAGCCAGUUAUCCUAGCUACUCAAAAUCAAGAGAACAAUAUGAACGACAGAAGUUCUUCACCCGACCCGAACACGAUGAAGUUGAUAGUAAAAACACCGAGGCAAGAGGAUGGAGACCAAAUAGUCGAAGGAGUGCAACUACACUGGACGAUUCUGGACCUGAAGAGGCAUUUGUCCAGGGUUUAUCCCUCCCAUCCAGUGGAGAAGGACCAGAGACUUAUUUAUUCAGGCAAACUGCUCACAGAUAACCUGCACGUCAGGGACGCCUUCAGAAAGGAGGACCUCUUGCCCAUCAUCCACCUGGUGUGUGCUUUCAGACCACAGCCCAACACCCAGCCAGGAGCCAGACCCAAGGUCAGACCAGAGGGAUCGUCUCCGCCCUCCCCCUCUCCAGCAGAGCCGAGUGUGACGUCUCCUGCCGCCACUCCUGCUGCUCCUGCGGCGACAUCCACUGACGGCCUCAGACACCGCGGCCACCAACCCCAGGCUCAGCAGCAGCAGCAGCAGCAGCAGCAUCCCGCCCAGUCCUGGUCCCCCACGCCCACCAUGGCUGGAGCAGGAGUAGGAUCUGGAGCUGCAGCCAUGGCUCACCCUGCCUUCCCCACCUACUCACUCUACAGCCCCCAGCAGCUGCUCUGGCUGCAGCACAUGUAUGCCAGGCAGUACUACAUGCACUACCAAGCAGCCCUGGCCGCCGCCUCCUCCGCCCCUCUGGCCCCCACCGUGGGCACCUCUCUGCCCGUGGCCCCCCACCACCAGGCCGCCGUACCUGCGGGCCUACCCAAUCAGGCGCCCAUCGACAACCUGCCGGCCAACCAGAAUGCGGCGGUGGACCCCGCCUUCAUCAACCCAGAGGGAGCCAAUCAGAACAUGCGCAUGAACGCACAGGGCGGGCCGGUGAUGGAGGACGAGGAGGAUAUGGAGCGUGAUUGGCUGGACUGGGUGUACACGGCCGCCCGUCUGGGCGUCUUCCUCAGCAUCGUCUACUUCUACUCCAGCCUCAGCCGCUUCAUCCUGGUCAUGAGCAGCCUGCUCCUCAUGUACCUACACACAGCUGGCUGGUUCCCCUUCAGACGGAGGCCCGCGGCCAGAGGUCCGAACGAGCCCGCCCCAGAGGUCCUCCAGAACCAGCAGAACAUCAACAACCAGAACCAGAACCAGAACCAGCACAAUGCUCCGGUGGAGGCCCCAGCUGAAGGCGAUGGUCCAGGCGAGGCAGCAGCUGGAGUUGCAGAGGGCCACCAGCAGGGUGAGCAGCAGGGGGCUCCUCCUCACCCCCUCACCCCAGUCCUGGUGCCCCAGCAUCGGGUCUCCGUCAUGUGGACCGCCUGGAUCUUCUUCAAGUCCUUCUUCGCCUCGCUCAUCCCUGAGGCGCCCCAUGGGGUGGCAAACUAGGGGGCAGCAGAACAACACAUGGUGACCCCUUUAAUAAUAAUAACAACACCGCCCCUCUCUCCAGCCAACUCUUCCUAUUAUGGGAUACGACGACGUUCGUACCAGACAACCGGAGAAAAGAGACAAUGUUGUCGUCAAGGUGGCGCCUCAAUGGCGUAUCUUAACGAAGUGUGCCAUGCUAUUGAGGCGUCCCUCAGUAAUAUGAGGGCGUGUUCUUGAGGACAGACACAAGACCUCACACUGUCUCUAUGCUCAUUGUAGACAUUUGGUGUCUCUUUGGGGCGUAGUGCACAUUGAAGUCCUUCGGUUUGGUGACCAAACUGGAAACCAAACUUUAAAAACCUUUAAAGCUCAGCCUGUGAGCUGUGGUCUUCCUACUCUAGUCUUGCUUUGUUUGUAUUUGUUUUCAUUUGCCAAACUCUUGUAUAUAGACUGUAAAGAUGUAAAUAUGUCUGUAUAGUAUGGCCACACCACAGCACUUUAGACUCACUUCUCAUCGUCAUCAGGGGUGCGUUUCUCGACAACAUUAUUGCUAACUAAGUUAGCAACUUACUUGGUUGCAAUGCAAUUUCCCAUUGAGAACGUAGUAAGAUGCUAACUGAUUAGCAGCAAUGCUUUCAAGCAACGGGGUUCUGGUUUGGACCAUCGAAGUAGAGACCUCGAGAGAUGGAGAGUCCUGAAGGGAGCUCUGUCUGCUUUUCAAGUCUCCUUUAAUAAUAAUAAUAAUAAUAAUGAUGAUCAGAAACGUUCAUAUUCCUCCCCUCUCAAACCUGGGGUGCGUCUCUCGAAAGCGUAAUUGUUGGUCAGUUAGCAACUUGGGUAUUUGUUGCCAAUGGGAAAUUCCAUUGCAAACAACCAAGUAGCUAGCAUGGUUAGCAACUAUGCUUUCGAGAAAUGAUAUGCACCCCUGGUUUGAAGCAGUUGGCGUUGUGAACGGACCCCACCCCCCCCCCUUUUUUUUUCUUUAUUUAUUUUAUUUUUUAAUAAUCAGAAGCUUACAAUUCACCUCUCAAAAAACAUUGCUUUGUAGCACUGCAGUAGAGCUGAGUCACUCGCUGCAGGCCCGCUUUUCAUCACAGCUUAAUUAUACAGUAUAGUAUGGCAGCCUGUACUUGUAAGCUGCUGCUCGCCUUGUUUCAUGUCCAGAGGGUGAGCUGAGCGGGAGAUCAGGGCUGCCCGCAUGGACACCGCACACCUCACAUCUCACAUCUCAGCUGCUUCACAUUCCUGAUGAAAUUGAUAUCAGCAAGAUGGCGGAGUCGGGUCGGAUCUGAGCGGGCCUGCUGCCAGCUUUGGCCGGGCUUGGGAUAAAGGCAUGUGAAAGCCCCCCUAAUUUAAUACAUGGAAUGUAUUGAGAACCCAAAUCUGGGCCCGGAACAACUGACCCCUUCUGACUGUGAUUGGAGGGCUAACCAACAACAGAAGUAGCUAACUUAGUUAGCAAUUACAGUUUUGCAAAAUGGACCCCUGAAUGAGUGUUUGAUCGAUUGCAUAGAUCUUUAAAAGCCAAAGGAUGUUUUGUUUUCAUGUCAUGCAUGCAUGAAAUGUGUUGGCUUAUCCUUAUUUUGUACAGCCUGUGUUCUUAUUUGCUAGCUAUUGCAGUGUGUAUGUAACGAAUGCAUCAAGGCAAUAUUAAAAGGAGCGUAUAAGCAUGUACGUACUGUAUAGACACAAAGCAGUGAGAAAACUAGUGCAGGUGAUAGCCCAUUAUGCAGCAGUUUAAUAUUGGGACUAAACCAGGGUAGUAUUCCAAGAACCUGGCAAAGUAGUAAUCCAGGUUAAAUAAUUAACCUUGUGAUGGGGAUAAAUCAUCUAAUAGAAGAGCCUGGUGUCUGUUUUCUUAACUAAUUGACACCAGUGGUCUAUCUAUUAGCAGGAUUACUACUUAAUGUUGGUUAAUUUAGCCAGAUUUAUCACUUGACCAUGUUCUUUGAAUACUCCCAUAUAAGCCAGGGGUGCAUAUCUGGAAAGCGUAGUUGUUAGCAGUUAGCAACUUCUGUAGUUACCAAUGGGAAAUUGCAUUGCAACCAACAAAGUAGCUAACAUAGUUAGCAACUACGCUUUCCAGAAAUGCACCCCAGUACUGGGGUUCUCUACUCUUUGAUCUCUUUAUCAGACACAAAGGCACUUUUUUUAAGUAGUCCUGGGAGAGGUACAGGUGACAGUCUUUACAGAUGCCAUAUUCUCAUACUGCCUGUACCGUGAUAUCAUCCUUUUCACCACCUCUUGUAUGCAUCAACUAUACAUUUUUGAAACAAACAAACACAAAAAAGAACGGUUUUGCUGUGAAUGUAACAAAAGUGUAUCUAUUUCUGUACAGCGUUAAUUAAUAAACAAACCUGUAAUGUA